GAAAGGGAUAGAAAAAAAAAGAGACGGACAGACAAACAGAGCAAGAUAACAGGAAAACAGAAGGAUAAGAGAAAGAGAAACACAAAAAAUUUAGACUUGAUGACGAAACCCCGAUAUGCUGAUGAGAUUCACAUCCAUUUGAUAAAGGGUAUAUAUAUCACCCACGUCGAGAUUUUUUUACCCCCAUGGCACAGAAAUGUCCCAGUCUGAAUCUCAUAUAGCACGACCUCCUAUCAGUCACCUAACACUGUGCUGUCGUAGCCUCAAUCACCAGAGGUCUGUGUUACGGAGGGGCAGGUCGCCAUAACAAGAAGAGUGUAAACAUCCUUCAAGGGUUAGAUUUAUGAGGAAUUAAGUUCGAUACGAGAGUCGACUGACCUCCACACUGUCCAUAGAUUCCCUCUACAACUGGACAAGAGAACGGCGGAUCAGAGAGGUCUUUUCGCAGCCAUGACGUUACUAAGCAAGCUACAGGAAGGUUUCAGUGAGAUCGACCACAACUACUUGCGGGUGUUCAAAGUCGUCACCCCGAUCGGCUGUCCAGUCAUGUACCAAGUGUUCAUGUGGGGCUGCCUGAAGGACCCCAACCAAACGCUGGAAGAAUAUCUCUUCCGGGAAAAACACAUGUCCAACAAGGACUAUCGCAAACUCUUCAACAAUCACAUGAAGGAGACCAUUAAGACGAAUCCCUCAGGGGACAAGUUCGACAUCGACUGCUGGCCAUCAAAACCGCGUGCGAGAAGGUGGCUCACAAAGGCGACCCCGCCUGGUACACUGAAGACGAUUCUUGCCUCGAAUACUUGCUCACCGCCAUAAAGGAGACGCGGAACGAACUCGCCCACAAUUAUAUCGUGAUGGACAAGACCGAAAUGGUGGAGAAGGUCGAGAAAAUAAGGAGAUUGCUGAUUAGGACGUUGGAGGCAGCCCGAGACAGGUACGGCGUCGACGCGGCCUCAGUCGAUAACGUCAUCGACAUUACCAAUAAGAACAUAAACACGGUGCGAGACCAUCCCUUAGCUGUAAAAGAUGUUAACAGGUAUCAGUCAGAAUUUCUGUUUGAUAAUUUAAAGAGACUCAUGGUUAAGGAGGGCUUAGCCGAGUUGAAGAUGAUGUAUGAAAGAAUCACAAUCAUCAAUCCCGUAUUUUUUGUGGCUGGAAGUGACUUCCUCAUGGACGUUGGUCUAGUGUUUUCUAGGAUCGAAGUAAAGCAGGCUGGGAGGUUUGCCAAAGGAAAAUCUAUAGCUUAUGAGAACGUAUUAGAACUGAAUCAUAUGUUUGCGAGUAUGUCCCAGACUCCCGGCAGCGGGGAGCCUGCCGCGAUGACCAUACUGGAGGGAAUUACGGGCUCUGGCAAGACAACCUUGACCAAAUUUAUUAUAUCGGAGUGGUCGAAGGGCUCGCGCAAAUUCAUAGGCCUGGACCAGUUCGAUCUUCUGUUCUUAAUGGAAUGUCGCAACCCUUCUCUUGAAUCCUUCGCCGAUCUCCUCGUGUCCCUCAUGCCCAAUGUAUCAAAAAGUUUCAGAAAAGAAGACUUCAUGCGAUGCGCACUCGACCUGAAGAUUCUUGUGUUAAUCGACGGACUCGACGAGCUGAACAAAUCUUCCGAAAAGAUCUUCAGAGAAGUGCUGGCCAUGUUAAGGACAAGGGACAUCAGAGUACUAUGCACAUCACGACCCGAAAAAGUCCAAGAUGUUUACAAAAUUAUUCCCGAUGGCGUUGUUAAGGUUCACUUGAGGAUAACAGGAAUCCCAGCUAGCAAGAGAGUGGAUUUUGUCAAGGCUUAUCACGACGAAAUGAAAAAGCUGCAGAGGAGUGAACAAGACACAACCGGUCUGGUCGAUUAUUUAAACAAUUCUUCGGAAAAAAAUUGAUAAACACUUCAGAUUCCCCCUUAACCUGGUACUUCUCACGUACUUGUGGGCACAGGUGCCUGAUCGAGUUAAU